UCCGCGGUGAUACAAUAGAGAGGGAGGGGUACAGGGGGAAUAUAGAUUUCUCCUUCUCAGUCGGGACGAAGAAGAUGAAGGUGUCGGCGUGAAGAUUUUCUGUUCAAGUUCAAAUUCGAUCAUAUUCUUGACUAAAUAGCAAUAGGAGGUUAUUGGUUGAACAAGCAGGUAUCCAAGGCAAGGAUCCACUUAGAUACAACACUCUGAUACAAGUGGUGUAGCUGCCAUGGAAGAAGUGGAUCAAUGUAUAGAGCAAUAUGAAAACACCAAUCUUGGAGAUACAUCUGCAGGUUCCAAGAAUUACACCAAACAACCUAUUAUAUCUCCUAGUAGACCUCGAAGCAAGAAACAUUAUGUAGAGCGAUUAAGUUACGAAAACGUCAAAUCUGGAGAUACAUCUGCAGGUUCCAAGAAUUCCACCAAACAACUUAUGUAUCAAACAUCUCAAAUCCAGAAACAAUCGCCAGAUGAAUGGGAAGAGCGAUAUGAAAAUUUCAGUUUUGAGGAAGCUAGUUAUCUAACAUCUCAAAUCCAGAAACAGUCGCCAGAUGAACGGAUAGGUGAAUGGGAAGAGCCAUAUGAUCUUUUCGGUUUCGGAGAUGAAUAUGCAGGUUCCUGCAAACAACCUAUGUGUCCAACAUCUCAAAUCCAGAAACAACCGACAGAUGAAUGGAAAAGGCGGUAUGAAAAUUUCAGUCGUGCAGGUGCAUAUGUAGGUUCCACCAGAAAACCUGUAUGUCCAACAUCUCAAAUCCAGAAACAAUCAAUUGAUUUAAAGGUAUCACUUCAGAUGUUUCUCCAAGAAGCAACAACUUUUGCAGAUCACUGGACGGAUGUCAACAGAACGUAUGAUGACAGGAGAUCAUUCGAUACGUUUCUUUGGCUGUUAGAAAUGUUUGGGCUAGAUUGGCGCAAGUAUAUGUCUGAGGAUAAUGAUAUCUACAUUAGUAACCAACCAAACAGAUGGUUGUCUCUUGAGGCGUCGUCAGAUGAUGUGGUGCAAUUAUUUCCAGAGACAGGUCCUAAUUCAAACUGGGUUAUUGCAACUAAAUACUACAACGGAAGCUUGUCAUUGAUGGAGCUUUUACAAAGAAUUCGUUCAGAAUCUGGCAAUGAUUUCAGCCGAGAGCAGGCUGGAUUGUUGUGUUCUUUCCUCGAUCACCUCAUCAUGAUACAACAGGAGCAGCGAGUUGUUGCAUGUAGUUUCUCUAAGCAUCUGGAACAAUUGAGAAAGUCUGAUGCAGCUGCCUCACUUGCAUUUUCUACCAAUGAUGUUGAUGAUGAUGGAGAUAGGAACAUGUGUCCUUUGAUCCUCUCCGAGCACACCAUAGACUACUCUAUGUGGCAACAAAAGCACCUAUUUGAUAGUCUGUAUAUCAUUUCACGUGAAUCGACUUGGUUGCUGAAGAAACUCAAGGAUUCCCGUUUUACUAGUCCCUCAUUGAUCGAGGAGUCCAACAAGAUUCUUGAAAUUAUCAUGGAUUUUAUUCCAAAGUUUAAGAAAUCCAAGGAAUUGUUGGGUCAGUAUCUUCUCGAUAACUUACUUGGUUAUCCUUUUAUCGAGGAUGAAUCGAUGCAGUUGAUGCAGGAAAAUAAAGAAAUUUUAUAUCAUUUUGGAAACCAUAUAAAAGAUCUCCAAGUGAAAGGUGUCGGCAGAGGAUCUGUUAUAGAGAACAUACUUGGUUGUCUUGGAGAUGUAUGUAAUGUUUUGAUGGAUGAUUAUGGGGAACUAGAUAGCUCGUCUGAUGGUGAUUUUGAAUUUUCCUGGGCUGUGGCAGACACGAUUAAUCUGAUAGAACGAGCAAGAAAGACACUCAAUCCAGAUAGAUUUUCUACUCUUACUGGAGGCUCGCCUCUUGGAAAUAUUGCUAUAUGGAGAAUUCUAUUUGAAUCAUCACUAAUCAAUCUUCGAUUGGAUCUUAUAAGUAAAAAGCAUGGUGAAGUAAUCAAACUCGGGGUUAAAGUGUUAGAUGACACGGAAGAGAAAUCCGAUUUGGUAGCGACACUUUUGCAAUGGCUUCAUGAAAAGACUAGUUUGUUAUUGUCAGAUGGGGAGGGCAUUCUGCUUGACUUUCUCGCCAUGCACAAAACAGUGGCAGAAAUUACUUAUAUGCUAGGCGAUGCUUUUACAACUGGUGGCGCUGGUAUGAAAGAAUUGAGUGGUGAAACAUCUCAUGGGAGUUCAAGCACGAAUGAUAAAGAAACGGAGAUGGUACUCGAUUUCCCUUGGGAUAAACACAAUGUUCUUGGUUAUACUGAGAUUGACUUGAACGAUCCUAAUACGAGAUUGUUGGGAUAUCCAUGCUGCGACUUUUAUGGUCCAGAUGACGACGACGGCUUUGACUCUACAUAGAUCUGAAGCUGUAUUACAUUUGAAAAAAGUACCGCAGUAGUUUUGCAAAAUGUGCGUUCCCAGUGCGCCAUUUUCUUUUGGCCUUUGCGACUAAUUUUAUCUGUAUAUAAAAGUUGUUCUGUCUGCUUGAAUAUGCAACAUGUCCUACAUCUACAUGGUAGCCAACUCUUGAUGGUGUAUCAAGUACUUAGAAGGUUACUACAUCUGAGAGACUGAAUUUUGUUGAAUGAUAGAGACUAAAUUUUGUAAAUGUUUUGUUGAAUGAUGAUGACCCUUCUUUCUUGGUACUA